UUGCAUUAUUCAUUUUUAGGGACUCCAUACAACUUCGUAAGAGGAGGCGAAGUGACGGAGCGUGAACCUGCCGAAUCGACGGCAUACGAUUUCUCUACGCCAUUUAGUAAAGCGAGAAAGCGAAGGAGGUUUCAACUAGCCGUUGAUAGUUCUGAUUUUGAGAGGAUGCCUAUAUGUGGUGUUGAUGUUCGUGUACCAUCUGGCCUAAAACUCUAUUCCUCACAGAAGUUGAUGAUGGUGCGCAUUAUCACGGCGCUUACAAAGAAGCUGAAUCUAUUGGCUGAAAGCCCUACCGGAACUGGGAAAACCCUAGCUCUGCUGACAUCUAGUUGUGCUUGGUUAGAUGACGAUAAAAGAAAACGUUGGGAAGCAUUGAAAUCGUGUCCCAUUCACGGUAAAUAUGGUGACACUGACGGUGGUAUCAAACCUGGUAUUGGUUUACCCUUAGCUAGGCUUCCUGAUGGAAACGCCGGACUCCUCAAUUUGAGAGGCCCUGCUAUGGGAAUGAAUCCCUUCGCUGUAUAUCGCACGAGCAUCUCUACAGAGAAUUCUGAGCGUAGGAAAUGUUCAUGCUUACCGAAAACGCGGAUCUAUUACGGUACUCGAACACAUAAACAGAUCAGCCAGGUAGUGAAGGAGUUUUCCCGUCUUCCAUAUGGAGGAGUUUUGAGUCAUACCAUAUUGGCUAGCAGAGAACAGUCUUGCGUCAAUAAGGCUGCGAGGGAAUCACAGGAUGUUUCAAGUUAUUGUAAAGAGCUCAUAUCUUCAGCUUAUUCGGAGUUAAUGGGCUGCUGUCGGCAUAAAGACGCCAUGAAGCGUCGGUUUGAGAAUGCCAGAAAUGUGCGAAGAAUACUUCAGAAAAUGGGUGCCGAAACCUUCAACAUUGAGGAGCUUGUGAGUUGCUUGUCAUCGAUGCCGUAUCCGAUCUGUCCGUAUUUUGCAAGUACUCGCGUGCUGACUCAAGAUGCAGAAAUAAUUUUCUGCCCAUUCAGCUAUCUGAUUGAUCCCGUAAUUCGAAACUCAUCAGAUGUACACUUAAAGAAUAGUGUGGUCAUUUUGGAUGAAGCUCAUAACAUUGAGGACAUUUGUCGUGAAGCAGCUAGUUUCACGUUCUUUGAGAAAGAAUUGCUCGACGCUUUAUCAAAUUUGAGGGAAAACGGUGUGUUUUCUGCAUUCACAAAGUCUUACGAUAAAAUAAGCUCCGCUGCUGUAACUUGUGUCGAGAAGUGGUUAUACUUCAUACAUUUUUUCAAAGAAGAGGAAAAGAGGAGUAUGUACAAGUUAGUAUUACGUCUCUUUCAUAUAUUAAACCAGCGUUCAUCUUUUCGUAUGGGAGGUAGCCGAAUCGGACAGACACAGACUGCUCUCAGGAACGUAGAUUACAGCCAUUCGACUGGCGAAGGCGAAUUAUGGCCUUCUUCUGCACAUGGAUCAAAUGAAUGUGAUCCUGUAAAACCUGGAUUCAGGACUUGUAUUGGCUUGUGGUGCAUGGGUCCAGAACUUGCAUUUAAUAGUGCGUUUAUGAAUUGUCGUUCCGUCAUUCUUGCUUCUGGAACCUUAUGCCCGGUCGAAACGCUGAAAACAGAACUAGGUUUCAAAUUCCACUCUCAAGUGAGUCAUAUAGUUUUCCUAAAUUUAGAUGGAAGUAUUAGUGUUCCUAGCAAUUGGGAUGGUUGUUCUUUCCUUUGCGCGACAUUCCGGAAUUAUGGUGACGAAAAUAGUCAAUUUAUUAGUGAACUUGCUCUAGUUAUUCGGUACUCCAUCUGCAUGCUUGUACCGAAAGGGAUUUUAUGUUUUUUUCCCAGCUAUCGCAUGUUGGCAAUGGUUUACGACUUUAUGGAAAGAACAUCUAUUCUUCGUCAAGUUCAAUUUCGAAAGGUAGUAGUGAAGGAACCUCGACGCUCCUCAGAUUUACACAUGGUGAUGGAGGAAUAUGAGAGCGCUGUCAGUAAUCCCGCUCUCCAUGGUGAAAAAGUGGAUGGUGGCUUAAUGUUAGCUGUUUUUCGAGGAAAAGUGUCUGAAGGACUCGAUUUCUCUGAUGAUCUUGCAAGAGUAGUCAUUGCAGUCGGGAUCCCUUUUCCGAACGCGUUCGAUGAAUUGGUGAAAGAGAAAAAAAAUUACAACGAUUUGCACUGCAGGACAAAGUCACUUCUUUCCGGAGAACAAUGGUAUGUUUCUCAGGCCUAUCGCGCCAUCAACCAGGCUUUAGGCAGAUGCCUUCGGCAUAAAGAUGAUUGGGGUGCUCUUGUUCUUGUGGAUGAGCGUUUGGUCGGGCAGGCAUCAAAGGCUGAUAGAAGUCAGUGUUCACGCUAUGGAACGGGGAGCUUGUGCUUCCUGUCUUUUUCAUGGAGAUGCUUUUAUGCUUUCAUCCUGUAUACUUAA